AUGUUACUUUUUCUGCAAAUCAUUAUUUAUAGUAUUUCACAUUGUGAGAGUGAGUUGCGUAUAUACGGAGGCCGAGAUGCUCUGAGAGACGAGUAUCCUUAUGUGGUUCGGUUAGAGGAACAGACAGAUCUGUAUGAAGACGGAAAAAUGGAGACAAGAUUUUGGCCAUGCUGCACAGGUGCCGCACUAACUCCAUCUUGGAUUCUGUCUGCAGCUCACUGCAGUGUAGAAGAAUACUACAAAAAAAAUGCAAAGACAAAACUCAUAGCAAGAUUUAAUAGUUAUUUGCCGAAAUAUGGGGGGAGUAUAAAACCUAUUUUCGAAGUCAAAAUUCAUCCAAUGUAUUAUUACCACGAGCUGGACGCAUUCGAACAAUUAGAUUUCAUAUUAAAGAAUGAUAUUUGUUUAUUUCGGAGCGAAGGUAUCUUGGUAAAUCAUUACGGAAAAUUAAGCCCACUUGACUACACCUCCCUGAUGGGCCAUGAAGCCCAUACUCUUGGAUAUGGCCUAACAAAUGCGACUGCAUCGCAAAAACCAUUGCAAGUUCUUAAAGGAAUGAUACAUAACUGUCUUAAUGAGGAUCAGAAGUUAGCGUACAUGUUGUGUCUGGCCCCAAGGUGCGGAGUGCAAACCACUAUCUGCGGAGGGGACUCGGGUGGCCCAAUUGUGCAUGCCUCUGGAAUAGUAGGUGUUAAUUCCAACUCCAUAGGAGACUGUAAUGAACACUCCACAUCUUUAGACGUUAGUGCGGGAACUGCUGCUAGUGUGUUUGCAACGGUAAGCUCGAAUAUUGACUGGAUAUCAAAUAUUAUUGCAAAUAAAUCUAAUUAA